AUUCUGGAUAUAACGUGUCUGUUUUCUCCGCCCACCGCCUCUGAUCUGUUCGUUUCUUCUUCGUCCUCCUCCUCCACGCCCCCCUUCACUCAGCGUUGGGAUUAGGAUCGGGAUCAGGGCUUCGAAGAGGGAGAUGACGAGAGGCGAGGAGGACCAGACGUCGAGGUUCCUCAACGAGCUCUGCUCCAUCCUUUUCGCCGUCCUCCGUUCCCCACAACUCGCCAUCCGCUCCUCCUCGGCCCCCUCCCCCGGCGUCGGGAGGAUCGGAACGGAGGAGAUGUCUUAUCGUUCUCCUCUACCGACUCCACGGCGGCGGAGGCUGCCGCAGGCGUCGCCGGCGGCCGUGGCUUCCUUGAUGCUAGGGGUCUCGAUAGCGCUCAUGCUCGGUGGGUCCGUCACGUUCGUGCUUGGGUUCAUGUUGAUGCCAUGGGUGAUAGGGAUGCUGACCAUGUUGUACUUGGCCGGGAUCGUCAUGACCGUGUCGGAAUUGGGACGGGCCAUCCUGUUUCCCUCCACCACCAAGGAGGUCAAAGAUGGGAUUAUUUUGGAGAGGCUUGGCUGGUUGUCAGUCACAUCACAAUUUCCUAGAUGCCCCUAGAAUGGUUAUUUGCCUUCUUUAAGUCACUCCCAUCUAUGACUGUCAAUCUGAAACUAAUGCUUUUUUAAUUGUUGCUGGUUUCUUUCCUAAUAUUAUAGUGCCUAUUAGAUGACAUUCUUUUCAUUAUCUUCACCCUCUUGGUCACAUGGCCCAUACUUGUCUAUUAUUUACAUUUGAGCCUGUAGUAUUCAGUGAUGCAUGAGUUAGAUUCAGUUGCUUA